CAGUAGAUAAAUUUCACUAGGUUAUAAUUUACUGCUUCACCGUAUCAGUUGGCGAUCACGUUGCCGGUGAAAAAAAUAAUAAAAAAUACUAAAGAAAAGGAAAGAAAGGAGCGUUGUUCGCAUCCGUGCUGGUGUUUUAAAGAGAUCAGAAUAAUGGAUACAAGUCUUAAAGCAGAUGAAAUCAGAAAGUUAUUUAUAGACUUUUUUAAGGAGAAGGAACAUUUAUAUGUUCAUUCAUCAUCAACCAUUCCUCUAGAUGAUCCAACACUUCUCUUUGCUAAUGCUGGAAUGAACCAGUUCAAGCCGAUAUUUCUUGGAACUGUGGACCCGAACAGUGACCUAUCUAAGUAUGUGCGUGUAACAAAUUCACAGAAAUGUAUACGAGCUGGUGGCAAACAUAAUGAUUUAGAUGAUGUCGGCAAAGAUGUAUACCAUCACACUUUCUUUGAAAUGUUGGGAAACUGGUCCUUUGGUGAUUAUUAUAAGAAAGAGACUUGUACAUGGGCAUGGGAACUUUUGACAGAGAGAGUGAAAAUGGAAAAAGAUCGUCUCUAUGUAACAUAUUUCGGAGGGAAUGAAGAGGCUGGUCUGGACCCUGAUAAUGUUACAAGGGAUAUAUGGCUUGGAUUAGGAAUACCAGAGGAGCGUGUGAUGCCUUUUGGAAUGAAGGACAAUUUCUGGGAAAUGGGUGAUGUCGGGCCAUGUGGUCCAUGCACAGAAAUCCACUAUGAUAGGAUUGGUGGGCGUGAUGCUAGACAUCUUGUCAAUAUGGAUGUACCUGAUGUGCUGGAAGUGUGGAACCUUGUCUUUAUACAGUAUAACAGAGAAUCUGCCACAGAGCUGAAACUUCUCCCUAAAGGUCAUGUAGAUUGUGGUAUGGGUUUAGAGAGAUUGGUGUCUGUCAUACAGAGGAAAAAAUCCAACUAUGAUACAGACAUGUUUAUGCCUCUCUUUGAAUUUAUACAGAAGAAUACAGGAUGUAGGGAGUAUGCGGGAAAUGUAGGUGCUGAUGAUGUUGAUGGUAUUGACAUGGCAUACCGGGUACUUGCUGACCAUGCCAGAACAUUAACUAUAGCCUUGUCUGAUGGUGGACGUCCUGAUAAUACAGGAAGAGGAUACGUUUUAAGGAGAAUAUUACGUAGAGCUGUAAGAUAUGCCACUGAGAAAUUAGGAGCUAAACCAGGAUUCUUUGCUUCAAUGGUUGAUACGGUUGUAUCUCUCCUUGGUGGAGCCUUCCCUGAGGUCACCAAAGAUCCAGAGGAGGUAAAAUCAAUCAUAAAUGAGGAAGAACAGCAGUUUUUAAAGACAUUAUCACGUGGUAAACGUCUACUUGAGCGAACUAUCAAUAAAUUAGGAGAUACCAAUGUUCUACCGGGGGAUGUAGCUUGGAGAUUAUAUGACACCUAUGGUUUCCCAGUAGAUCUGACCUCACUGAUGGCAGAAGAGAGGAAGCUUUCUAUAGAUAUGAAUGCCUAUGAGGCAGCCAAGAAAAAAUCUCAGGAGUUGUCCCAGGGUUCAGGAGGUGCCUGCAAUGAUGAAAUCAACCUGAAUGUUCAUGCCAUAAAUGAUCUACAGACACGUGAAGUACCACCCACAGAUGAUCUACCUAAAUAUAAAUAUAAUGCUGAUGAGAAUGGCAACUAUUCAUUUGAAUGUUGCACUGGUAAAGUGAUAGCCCUUCGUUACAACAAGGAGUUUGUAGAUUCAGUAUCAACUGGUCAAGAAUGUGGAGUGUUACUUGAUAAAACAUGUUUCUAUGCUGAACAGGGAGGUCAGAUCUAUGAUGAGGGAUUUCUUGUGAAGGAAAACGAAGAAGAUGUAGAAUUUCGAGUAAGAAAUGUUCAAGUUCGAGGUGGAUAUGUACUUCACAUUGGUGUAAUAGAGGGAACUCUCAAAGUUGGAGAUACCGUGAAGCAGUCCAUUGAUGAGUCAAGAAGAGCAGCUGUGAUGAAGAAUCAUACAGGUACACAUGUUUUGAAUUUUGCCCUGCGUGAAGUUUUAAAAGAGGCUGACCAGCGGGGUUCUCUUGUGGCUCCAGAUAGAUUGAGAUUUGACUUCAGUGCAAAGGGUGCUAUGUCUGUGAAAGAAGUUAAAAGAGCUGAAGAUAUUGUAAAUGAAAUCAUUUCUAAAUCUCAACAAGUGUAUGCAAAAGUAUGCCCACUGGCAGAUGCUAAAGCUAUUCAAGGGUUGAGGGCCAUAUUUGAUGAGACAUAUCCAGAUCCAGUGAGGGUAGUCUCAGUUGGUAUACCUGUAGACGAUUUGAUAGCUGACCCAAUGGGACCUGGUGGAUCUAUAACAUCACUAGAGUUCUGUGGAGGAACGCAUCUUUUAAAUGGAGGACAUAUUGGUAAAAUGGCAAUUGUAUCAGAAGAAGCAAUUUCUAAAGGUGUGAGAAGAAUCAUUGCUGUUACAGGCUCAGAAGCCAUGAAAGCUGCUCAUCGUGUUGAUGUAUUAGAUAAAGAAGUAAAGGAGCUGAAGACAAAGUUAGAGGAAAACAGCAAAUCCCAGGAAUACACAGAUAAACAGCUGACCAGAAUGAUUGUACAGCUCAAUGAUGAGGUAUCCCAAUCUGUGAUAUCAUAUUCAGAGAAAGAUAGGUUACGGACAGAGCUGAAAGGUUUAAAAAAGAAAAUGGAUGAUCUUGACAAGGCGAGGAAAGCUGCAAUAGUUAGUGAAGUUACAGAACAGGCCAAGCAGAUGAUUACUGAUAAUCCUAAUCAGAAGUUUAUUGUUCAUGAGUUUAAGGCUGGAGCCAAUUCUAAGGCUUUAGAUGCUGCCAUGAAACAGUAUAAGGCUUCCAGUCCUGAGACAGCUGCUAUGUUCUUUACAGUAGAUGAUGACAACAGUAAAAUACUGUGUAUGAGUUGUGUACCAAAGGCAGUGGCAACACAAGGUUUUGGUGCUGACAAGUGGGUACAGCAGGUUGCGCCACUUAUUAAUGGAAAAGGAGGUGGGAAAGAUCUGGCUGCACAAGCAACAGGGUCAAACACACAAGCUCUAAAACAGGCCUUAGAAGUAGCGACAGAAUUUGCAAAGCUGAACAUUUGAUAAAUGUAGGAUGUUAUGUGUGGGACAUUUAUCAGAUAUCUUGUGUUCUCUAAGUGCUAGUUGUUCAUCUAUUUAUUGUAAUAUUAUGUUACUUUGAAUUAAUUUAAUAUUGACCAAAAGCUAUUUAAUUACAUAUUCACAUUGUUUUCUAGUAAAGAUCUACUGUUUUUUAUAAUGAUUUUCUGAUAUAAAUCAAUUUCUUACCCUAUUGUAAUUGGGUCAUUAUAAUUUUAAGAGUUGUGCCAUUAAAAGAUGAAAAAAAUGAGUAGCAAGAAAUGUUAUAUUAUAAAUUCCUAUAGUCAUUGAGAUUUUUUAUACAAUUUUUGCUAUUGGAAACUAGUUCAAUCUUAAAAAGGGUAGAAAAAAAAUCCAAAGAUUUAAGAGUGUACAAAAAAAGAAACAAAAUUUUCAUGACAUAUUUUUGUGAGGAUGACAGUUUAACUGAUUUCUUAGUUUACAUACAUGUAUGUAGCAUGCUAACAAUAUUUCACGAGGUUCAGUCAGGAUAUAUUUAUUAUAUUUAUACUUCAUAACAUAUUUUCUAGCAAUAUCAAACAUAGUCUUUAUAUAAGCUUAUACUAAGGAUGUUUCAGAAGAUUGUGGAAUUUAUCACGAUUCUAACAAUUUUCAUAUUUAAACACCAUUGAAGCUUUUGUCAUAAAUAUAAUACAGACCAACUUUUAACACUCUUGUAUGGAAAGUAAAUACACACCUUUGUUACAUUGUCACAUCUAUUAUAUUAUGAAAUAAAACAAGUUGCAAUUAAGUUUAUAGACUUUUUAUGUCAGGAAAUGCUCAAAGAAAUGUUAUUGUCAGUGUGGCCGACAAACAUCUAAUAUUGUAUAUUGUAAGUUACUCUUUAUGUUAUUUGGAUUUGUUGCAUGGUAACAAUGGUACAUCAAAGAAAACAAAUAUUUACAUGUAUAUAUAUUAUAACUAUGCACACAAAGGUGGGCAUAUAGUAAUCACCUUGUUUCUUGUGUCUAGAUCAAUCAUUCUGAUAGUGGUUUCCUGUAAACUUUGAACAAGGUGUCCAGCGCAUCAUCCUUGGUCAAGGUCAAAAAUGGAAAUAAAAUUCAUAUUUUCAUGUCUCAGUCUUUAAAGGAAUUUGAAUUACUUGGUACACAUAAAAAAGAACUAGCUUCCUUUGUAAUUCGAGACCUCUUUUCGUGUACGCUACAUAUCGAUUGCAUUUGAUAUUACGUUAUCUUUUUAGGACAUUGGACACCUUCAGUUAACUUAAUUAAAAUUGUUGUUUUACAAAAUGCCACAUUUACCACCAUUUAUUAAAACUUAUAUACAAUUGUUUAUUAAAAUUUAUGACCCUGGAAGCAUCAUCUGGCAUUUGGUCAAAUUGAUUUUCAUCAGCAGAAUGGAUGUCUUGUGUACAAGAACAACAUAUUUUAGAAUGAACAGUUUGUAAAGGGCAGUAAUUUUUAAAUGUCUAUGUAACAAAUCAUUAUGAUAUAUAGCCUUUAAGAUAAUAAGUAAUGAAACAUGAACCGAUUUGUUUAUAGUUGACUGGUUUUUCUAAUGAAAUGUUGGGCAUAAAAUCUAUUAUUAAUAGUUUCUUCUAUAAUAUUAUCAUGUAAUGGAAAAUGUUCUAGUUUUUAAAAUACCAUUAAUGAACUAAAACAGACAGAAAUACCAUGUUUACUGCACUGUGAAAUAGUUAUUGUGUAUAAUAGUGAGAAAACAAUUGAAAGUAGUAUCGUUAUUUUAUUCAGUUACAAAUGUAUUGUAGAUAUGUUAAAAGUUAACACCAAUUUUAAAAGUCAAGACUUGAUUUUAAACUUCUUUCUACUGUGGAGUGAUAAGCAAUUUAUUGUUAAAACAUUAAAUUUAAUUCGAAUUAACUGAAGUCAGAUACACAUAUUAAAAACAUGCUUACUAUUAUAACCUUUUGUGUAUUAAUAAAUAUGAUACAAUAAA